AUGAAAAGGAAGAAGCUAAAGAAGCUGCCCAAAAGAAAGAAGACCUGGAGAAGGGUAUAUACGACCGCGAAGGAGGAUUUCGCAUUGGAUGAUAAGGCAUCUGACAAGAGUCUCAUCCGCUCUACUUGUGCAGUUAGUAAAAAAUCGAUCACAAUUGGCGACGUCGGUCUCGACAAGAUCUUCAAGGCUAUUCGCGACGCCUGUAAACCAGCGGGAACCUGCGUCACAGAUGACAUCGACAUUAAAGGGCAGUUUCUAGGCAAAGGUCUAACUAGUGAGGUUGAUAACAUUAAGGUUACGCUCAAACCCGGGGGCUCAUACCGUGAGGUGCAUCACGACAAGCUGCUCGAGUUACUAGAGGCGGCUGUUCGUAAAGUUGCCAAGUGUGAGCAAUAUACUCACAAAUCCCCUUGCUCUUUCACUCAAGGAUACUGCCCAAACCAAGAAAAGACAGUUACGACUUGCAAAACACCUUCAUACUGGUCUGUUAAUCUACAAACAGAGAAGGAAGCGAAACACGACUCUGCGCCUCCAACUAUCGAGGUAAAUGUCAGUAUGAAAGUGGUGGAUGACACGAUAUGCGAGGACGUAUUUGGUAAACUCGAAGAGUUCGGAGGUAUGUGCGAAAUUGCUUUCUCCUUCUAUCCUAUUGAAAUCUAUGCAUUGCAUGCUAAAUGA